AUGGAAGGCUUGAAAAAGCUCAAACUGAGCAAUGAAGAUCAGCUUGGAAGAGCACCUGCAAACAAGAAGCUUGGAAAAGCACAUGCAGCCCAGGAGGAUUUGCUUGGAAAAGCAGGAGCAAGCAAGAGGCAGCUGGUGCCAAGGGACAGUGAUGUGACCAUGGGUUCUGAUGAUAUCCCUGAUAUGUUCAAGACCCCAGCAUCCAAGAAGGCAAAAGCUGCCAGUGGUUUGGAAAAGCCAUCUCCUUCUUCCUCCAAGCUGGUUUCCCAGCAGAGGCCAGGGAGCAGGCUGCAUGCAGCCAUGGGCUAUGACUUGGAAAAGUCAAGGAAGAAGGCCAAGCCCAAGGCCAAGCCUGUGCUCAAAAGGAGAGAGAGGAGGGCCCACAUGCAAUGGUCAGCCUUGGAAAAGGAUGACCCAGCCAGCUCCCAAUGCUUGGUGAAGCAUCUGGCAGCCUUGGAAAAGGCCCAGAAGAAGUGCCAGGAGAAGCUGGCAACUUCUCUGGCACAGAGCCUUGCCAAGGAGGGUGGGGGGGGUUCCAAACAUCUUGGAAAAGAUGGGAACCCCAGGAAGGUUCGCCUCACCCCAGCAGGAGCUGGAGAGCAGGCCAGCUCCUCCAGCUCUGGCUUGAAAAAGCCAGAGAAGAAGAGGGCCAACAAGUCAGACUUGGAAAAGUCGACUAAGGGAUUGGAAAAUCCCAAAAAGAGCAAGGGCUUGGAAAAGCCCACAGGCACAGGCUUGGAAAAGCCCACAAAGCCUGUUGUCAUUGUGGACUGGUACAACACCCUUUUUGUGGGUGAUUCAGUCCCAGUGGAGAACAUCACCAGCUUGGAAAAGCUGUGUGCCUCCUGCCAUGUGACUGUGCUCUCCUUUGUGGCCACCAAGGCCAGGAAGGAGAAAGUCCUGCAGGACAUGGAGCUCAUGCUCCCAGACCACCUCCAGCAGGUCAUCUGCAAAGAGACCUGCUGGAAGAAGGUGGGGCGCACAGGCAAGUGUGCCUGGGCCUGGGAGUGGGGAGCUGAAGCAAUCUUUGAUGAUUGCCAAGCAAUCCUCAAAGAAAGCAUGGAGUGGGGGUUGGAAACAUACCCCAUCAACACCAUGCAAGAAGGCCAUGCUUGGGCAGGUGGUGGGUAUGAGACCUUUGCUCUGGCAGUAGAGGCAUACCUGAAGGACCACUGGGCCCAAGCAUGGCCUUCAGUGCUUGGAAAAGCACCUUGGAGCUUGGAAAAGCUCCAAGAGGCUUGGAAAAGCCUAAA